UUCCGUCGCGUCCCCAGUCGCCAGUCGCGCUUUCUCUUUCAAGCCCAUCUUAUCAAUGCGGCUGCUGUGAUAUUGGAAAGGGAAUUUGGGCCCUCAGCAUGGAGUCUCCUUGACACCGGCGCAGUUUCGUUGUGGCUCGCGCUCUCUCCUAUUCCCCAACCCAACCGAGGAGGAAGAAAUCCAAUUGGGCUCGUGCCACGAUAUUUUUGCAUGCAGGCAGGGCAGGCCGCAUCAGGUAAUUGAUAUCACCCAACCUGCCAACCGUCCACUCUCACCAUCCACUUCCACCGUCCGCCAUCCACUCAUCCAUCAUCACCCCCCUCCUCGUCCCAAACGCUCCUUUGCUUCCUUCCUGCCCCCGGUCAUUCUCACACCAGGUCCUGGAAUACGCCCCCUUGCGCUGUUUGCUACACCGUCAAAUGAAUCGAUGUGUCGCUUCGAGCUUCUCGGUGCUUUCAUCCUGCUUCUCCGCGACUUUGGCGAAAAGUCAAAGUCGAAGAAGCCGCCGCAACUCCGCGAAAUAAGCAAGCAGCCGCCAUGCUCCACGAAAUCCUCCUCGCCCUCUCUGGCCACCCCUCCCCUCUACUCCGGACCGACAACUCCGACCCAAAUGCGCUCCCGACGGCCGUCUCACCCCCGGAGCGCGAGCUCUUAGCCACCGCCGGCCACCUCAGCGAUCUCCACGUCAAGCUGCAGGGCUAUACGGCGCCCAUCGCCGCCGAGCACCCUUCUACUAUCUGCCGUGCUGUCGCCACCGCCGUGCAGUCCGUCCACCUUGCCGCCUUUCAGCGCAAGGUCCUCGAGGUCGAGGAAACGAUCCUCCGCAGGGAUUCGAGCCUUGUUGGCGCCUACAACAUUGUACCCCUGACCGCCGUCGUCGGGGAGUUCUCCGAGUGGACGCGGCGGAUGGAGUGGCUGUGGGAGAUUGUCCAGUUUAUGCUGAAGAAGCAGCAAGGGCAGACGUGUCGAGGCGCUCACCUCAUCGAUCGGUUGCGGGGCGAGCUGCAGAGUGGGUACGUCGACAUCGAGCGGACGGCCAUGAGCCUUGUCUCUGUCGCCGAGACGGCGUGGUUGAAGCAGGUGUCUGCAUGGAUACUCUAUGGGCGUCUGCCGACGUUCGGAGGCGACGACUUUUUCGUCCAGAAGAUGGACACCGGUGACCAGGAUUACGUCUCAGUGCCGGCCCUGCUGCCCAAAUUUGUCACUCCGGUGGUCGCGUCGUCGAUGCUGUUCAUCGGCAGGUCGUUGAAUCAUGUUCGCGUCAAAGGCAGUGUGGAAUCAGGACUGCAAGGCCUUGACCACUUGUCAUCUCAGCUCAAAGAGCUAUCCGCCCUGACCUACCCCCUCAACACAGCCAGCUUCUCGCGCGCAAUAACAUCCGUUCGGCUCACCCUCUCGCGCACAAUAUUGCUGAAAUUGCUACCCCUCACCAAGGUCGUUGAGGCUCUCCAGAUUCUGCGCGAGUUCUUCCUCUUGGGCCGCGGCGAGUUCGCCAUGGCUUUGACCCAGCAAGCAGACGAGAAACUGCGCAGCCGGUGGAAACGGUCGGAUAACCUCGCGUAUGAGAAGCGCGAAGGGUUGGGCACUUUCGCGGUCAAGGAGGGUGAGGCUGCGGCAGUGCUGGCCAAAACGUGGGCGGCGAUGGGCCUGAUGCAGGGCCAGCACGCAGACGAAGAUGAGGGCUUGGAAAUUGCGCGCGAACUACUGCGGCUAAAUCUUACCAAGUCCAAACCGGCGGUUCCUAUAAAGCUCGAAGCUAGUGUAUCACGGCCGACAGCCAAGACCUUGGCCACGACUCCCUUUCGCAACCUCUUGCUCUCCGUCCCAGUCGUUUUGACUAUGCAGAUUCCCUCGCCGCUCGACAUGUUUCUCACCCCCUCCGACCUUCAGAUCUACUCCACCAUAAACUCUUACCUCUUAUCCAUCCGUCGAGCACACAUACGUCUCACCGAGUUGUGGAAGAUCACAUCUCUACGUCGUCACCAUCCGGCACCGCCGUCACCUCCCGCCGGAAGCACUAGAGUCGGCCGUGCCAAGGUGAUUUUGCUUCGUCAACGCUACGCGACGCGGUCCAACGCCUUGCGCAGUGCGUGGGUAACCUGCAGCACAGCGCUUUUCUUCCUCUCCGAGACGGAGGCAUACUUGCAGACCGAGGUUGUGGCAGGGCUGUGGGAUGGUUUCCACGCCUGGUUGACGUCGAGCGAGAAGGAGAACAGGCAUGCGGCCGCUGCGUCUGGCGCAUCAAUCAAAGCGGCCACAAAGCCUGCAACGGAAGACGAGGAAGGGGACGGAGAUGACGACAUCUGGCUUGCACAGAGCGCAUCUGACAACAAACCAGCCGCCAAACCAAUAGACUCGAACCCAACACACGACCCUCAAAGUCUCGCCACUGCCCACCGGGCCUACCUUCGCGCCCUCUCCACCCGCCUCCUACUCACAUUCCCCUCCUACACGGACCCGCUGUAUAACCUUCUCACUCACACCGACCACCUUGUCGCCCUGACACAGCGCCUCCACGCGGUCUGGACGUCGAUGGACCUCGAAGCGGACGCCGGCGUCGUCGACGCGUUUGUGGACCUCGAGAUCGAGGAGACGGAGGUGCGCUCCGCGAUCCGCGAGGUGGAGAAGCAUGUCAAGGACGGCAUCAGGGAUGUCAUCGCCGCGCUGCGUUCGCUUGAGGCGGACCCGGCUGCGUUCGCAGACGAGGAGGAGGGCGGCGAGGAGGGCGUCUUAAGGGAAGAGGGGGAGUACGUGCCGCGCAGGGUUGGCGGCGUGGAGAGGCUGCUGAUGAAGCUCGACCUGGCUGGGUGGUUUGGCGAGAGGAAGGAUGAUUUCGGGUUUGUGUAUAGCGAAUAUUGAGCGCAGCGACGAAGUUACGAAUGCAUAUGCCACGAUUCUCGUCACGAUGCUGCAGAGCUACAGCUCACGCGAAAAUGCCCUGCACGCUGUUCUUGGGGGAAGUCACGCAGGAGCGAGGGCCCGCGAUGCAACACAUGUCGUCAUAUCCGGCAUUCCGAUAUUCGCAUCAGGAAACAGCCUUUCCUGCGGAGGGGCGACGAGGAUAGAAGUGCAUGACAGCAAGCUGUGAUUCCACGGGGUGUGUGCCACGUCCUGUCGGGGAAACUAGUCUGGCGUUUGAAUCAAGCAGGCGACGAAGGGAAUGAAUGACCUUGCUCGUGCAGCAGCGCACGUCAAGCGAAAAAGGCAGCGAGAGAGAGAGAGAGACAGAGAGAGAGAGCGGCGAGACGGGACGGACGUCAUGGGUCACGCCAGAGCGGAGCUGGGGUGUCACUGCCGCCGGCUCGCGGACGGAUAGUGGCGGCAGGCGGUGUGGGGACAGAGAACCAUGUCCAGGACUUGGCGGCUCCCAACGUCUCGCGAUGGCUGUGAGGGGGCGGUGGCCGGUGGGACGACGUCGACGUCGACGUCGUUUUUCGACCGUAGUCCGCAGUCGGUCGGUCCAUGCCAUUGACGAGAGGGAGCAGAGUAGGGACGCCGGGAACCCUCCCCCCCCUUACCUCCUUUCCUCCACCAUUUGAGGUUGGCGGGCUUUUGCAAUGUGUCAAUCGUAUAAACAACGUGGCUCAACGGAGGUUCAAUCAGGAAGGGCCUUUUCAUGUGCCGUUGCCCUCAGUCAAGCAGAGGUUCAGUCGAAUGGACAGAGGGCACUGAAAAAACCACGAUGCAUACUUUCUUUUCGUCAUUCAUCAUCUCGAUCAGUCUGUCCGUAGAUAGGAAAGAUCCCAAGCGUCGUGUCAUUCCAUCCACGCCCUCCUCCGCUCAUCCGGUCCCCUGAAACCCAAUGCAUCGGAUCCUACGCCUGUUGGAAUGCGAUCCUCCUUCGAAAGAAGGGGUAAGGAAAAGAAAAAGGAAGAAAAGUUACACGCAGAUAAAUGUACACACGUGGAAUAAGAAAAAUCGCUCGAGAACGCCGUCUUCCGCCCCGUGCCCGCCAAUGGGGGUGGGGCAGGAGGAGAGAUCUCAUGAUAUAUCCUGGUCCAUCAUAUCCCAUUGCCGUCAUCGGGUUUUGCGUAUGUGGGUGGGUGACCUAUGUGUCUGUGUCUGUUUUUAUAUGUGAUGUAGCGUACUUUUGCAGCUGAUAUGUUCCUCUCCCUCCUUGGAGAUGGGCUGUAUUCAUUCCCAGCGUCCCAUCUGGAUGGUGCUGUCUCUGUUUCUGAUCCUUUUCC